AUGUCUCAUCCAAUUAAAGAAUUUGUCAGACGUUUAUCUAAUCUAGAUAUUGAACGUUAUCCAGAAUGGGAUUUGUCUAAACCACUUCCUAGAUUACCGGUUCCAGAUUUACAUAAUACAUUAGAUAGAUAUUUACGAUUAAUAGCACCAGUUGUUUCAAAAGAAGAUUAUGAACGAACUAAACUAUUAGUUGAAGAAUUCGGCAAAUCUGGUGGAGAAGGAGAAGAACUACAAAAUUUACUUAAACAAUAUGCAAAGACAAAGAUCAAUUGGGUUACAGAAUGGUGGUUAGAUGAUAUGUAUUUAUUAAAUCCGGCACCAUUACCAAUUAAUUCUAGUCCAGGUAUGGUAUUUCCACGUCAUUCUUUCAUUAGUACAAGACAACAGUUAAGAUUUGCUGCUCAACUGAUUUCUGGAAUUCUUGAUUAUAAAACAAUAUUAGAUACACGUUCACUUCCAAUCGAUCGAGCACGGCAUAGUAAAAAAGGUCAACCAUUUUGUAUGGAACAAUAUUAUCGAUUAUUUAGUUCAUAUCGUUAUCCAGGUAAAACUAAAGAUAUACUUGUAACAACAUCUGAAAGAGAUCCAUUCGAUCCUGAACAUAUUAUUGUUAUUUAUUUAGAUCAGUUCUUCGUUACUGAUGUCAUAACUAAUGGGAGUAGAUUAAGUGAAGAAGAUAUAUAUAAUCAGUUACGUCGUGUUACACAGUUCGCUGAAGAGUCAAUAGCUGGUGAAAGUGAAAUGGAAGUACAAUCAAGAGUUGGUGCGUUAACAGCUCUACCAAGAAAUAAAUGGGCAGAAGUUUAUGAACAAUUGUGUCAAGAUCCAGAAAAUGAAGGAAAUUUAAAAACCAUUGCAAAAAGCAUGUUCGUAUUAUGUUUAGACAAACCAAUUCAAGCAGUUGAAGAACUAGAUGAAACAACAGAUAUUAAUGGAUUUUUAAAUGAAACAAAUGAUUCAAACAAUUUAAAUAAACGUGAUGAUGUUUCAUUAGCUUUGCAAUUAUUACAUGGAAUGGGUAGUUCAUUUAAUGCGGCUAAUCGUUGGUAUGAUAAAACAAUGCAAUUUAUCAUUUCCCGUGACGGUAAUUGUGGUCUUAAUUAUGAACAUUCUGUUGCUGAAGGAAUUGCUGUAGUACGUCUGAUAGAACAUAUUCUUCAAUAUAUGAAAGAAGUAAAACGAUGGAAAUUAGUUCGAUUCCCAUCUGUAUGUGAAUUGGCGUAUCCGAGAAGAAUGAAAUGGAAUUUAGACAAUAAUUCAAAAUCAAUGAUUGACUACGCCUUGAAUGAAAUUGAUAAGAUAGCAGAUGAUCUGGACUUAUACAUACUUCGUUAUAAACAAUAUGGACGAGAAUUCCCAAAAAUUGUCAACAUGAGCCCAGAUUCAUUCAUUCAAUUAGCUUUACAAUUAGCUCAUUUCAAAUUGCAUAAAUAUUUAGUGCCAACUUAUGAAAGUGCUUCAACAAGACGAUUUGCUUUAGCUCGAGUUGAUAAUAUUAGAGCUUGUUCAAUGCCAGCUUUGGAAUGGUGCAAAGCAAUGACAGGUCAGACCAAAUGUUCAACAGAUGAAAAAAUUCGUUUAUUACGUAAAGCAAUGGAAUGGCAAACAGAAAUUAUGCUUGAAACUAUUCUUGGUCAUGGUGUAGAUAAUCAUUUACUUGGUCUAAGACAAAUAGCAUUAGCUCAUGGUAAAGAAUUACCAAAUAUUUUCAAAGAUCCAAGUUAUAUGGAAUCAAACAGAUUUCGUUUGUCUACAAGUCAAGUACCAACAACAAUGGAUGCGUUUAUGUGUUAUGGAGCAGUUGUACCUAAUGGAUACGGCGCUGCAUACAAUCCACAUCCUGAUAAUAUUGUUGUAGUCAUUUCUUGCUGGCGUACCAAUCCUAAUAAUAAUGCAUCGAAAUUUGCAGAAAUGCUUGAUUCAGCAUUUACAGAAAUGCGUGAACUAGUCCUUUCAAAUCCUCAAUUGGCUAAACAACCAUCAAAUGAACCUGUUGAAUGGAGUAUAGCUAAAUCACUUGGUGCUGAUGUAGGUCUAAAUGUGACUGGUUAACGAGGAAAAACAUUGAAAGAGAUAGAGAGAAAAUUCAAAAAAUUUAUAGACCUAUUUUUAGCGCCACUCGAUAUUUUUUCAUUCACUAAAAAGAAUUAUAUUUACAUUGAUUUUUUUCCUUUUUAUGAUUCUCUAGUAAUUUUUUCGCUUGUGAUUAUAGUUUCCUGAUUGUGUUGGGUUACUGAUAUAGAAAAUGAUUGUUAAAAUCAAGAUACCAAAAUUUUAUUUAUUCAUUACAACAAAUUUUCAAAGCAGUUUUCUCUUAUCCCAUUUAAUUUUAUGGUAAGAUAGCAAAAGAUUUCCAUUAUUUAUUACUUAUUUACAUAAUUCAUUCACAUUCAAUCACAUAUUUCUGUUAAGACGAAAAAAUGGAACAAAUACUUUUUCACAAAUUUCAAAAUCUAAUUGAUUCAUAAGUAUACUACUUAUAAAUUAGUAAGUAGGAUAGAAGAGUAAUACAUCAUUAACUUUAUGUCCAAGCACAUUAGGAUAAUAAAUUAAUAAUCAUGUUAGUGUACAUUUCUGCAAGAGUAUAUAUAUAUACUCUUUUUCUCUCGAAAUUGCUCACAGUAUUAUUGAACUUUCAAAUAAAAUUUAUACGUACUUUACAUUUUUUUGUUCAUUUUAUACUACUAAAUCUGCAAACAUUUUGUCUAUAUUCAUACAUUAAUCAACUAUUAUAAUUAUAUAAAAUCUAGUGGAUACACAAUGAUACAUUUAAACAUGCAAUCAUUUGUUUAUCAAAUGAGAUUUUAAUUAAUCUCAAAAUCCCUUCAAUCAUGUAUACCCCUCAGGUUGUGAAAUGUACAAAUUAUAUUCCAAUAAUCAUACAUGCAUAUAUACAUAUAUGUUGUAUUAAAAUUAUUUAUUUAUAAUAUGACAAUUCUAACUUGAAAUAAUAAAUGAAAACCAUACAUAUGUACUGUGAUCAUUUUAUCAUGGACUUAUUUAAUUUUGAAUUUAAACUUCUAUAUUGAAUUUGUUUUAAUCAACAAUGUCAUCAGCCUGGAUUAAUUAUACUUCAAAAAAAAACAAUUGGUUUCUAUAUUUUGAACAAAUUAGAUUAGUAAAUAAUGAAUUUGUAUAUCACCUUUUACUUAAAAUAUUAUUAUUAUUAUUAUUAUUAUUAUUAUUAUCAUAUUACUACUAUGCAUACAUGAUAUAUAUCAUACACAUAUAUAUUCAUAUGAAAUACAACUUCUUGAAUACAUCCUCA